AUGCCUGGAAUGAUGUCUUCAGUCAUGCCUGGGAUGAAGAUGACUCAUAUGUCUCAGGCUAGCAUACAGCCUGCUUUACCGCCAGGACAAUUAUUAUCUAAAUGCCCCUGGAAGGAGUACAAAUCUGACUCUGGAAAGCCUUAUUAUUACAAUUCUCAAACAAAGGAAUCUCGCUGGGCCAAACCCAAGGAACUUGAGGAUCUUGAAGGAUACCAGAAUAUCAUUGUUGCUGGAAGUCUCAUUACAAAACCAAACCUGCAUGCAAUGAUCAAAGCAGAAGAAAGCAAUGAAGAAGAAUCAACCACAUCAGCUGCCCCAGUUCCUACAACAGAAGGUCCAACUACAAUGAGCACUAUGACUUCUGCUGCAGCAGCUGCCAAUGCUAAUACUUCCAUAUCAACUCCUUCCUCCAUUGUUGCUACAAUGGCACCAAUUGUCACUGAGCCUGAAGUUACUUCCAUUGUUGCUACUGUCAUAGAGAAUGACAAUACAGUAACAAUUUCAACAGAGGAACAAGCACAACUUGUUAUUGUCCGUGAACAAAGUGCAGAAGUGUCUAGCAAUGUACCAGAGGAAGCAUCCUCAAAGCGACAAGCUUCAAUAGAUUACACCUCCAAAAAGGAGGGAGAAGAUGGUCAACCUGCUAAAAUAACAUAUCCUUGGAAUGCAAAAGAAGAAGCAAAAAAAGCUUUUAAAGAGUUAUUAAAAGAAAAGCGAGUACCAUCUAAUGCCUCAUGGAAUCAAGCAAUGAAAAUGAUUAUCAAUGACCCGCGAUACAGUGCCCUGGCAAAGCUUAGUGAAAAAAAGCAGGUCUUUAAUGCAUAUAAAGUCCAGACAGAGAAAGAAAAAAAAGAAGAAGCGAGAUCAAAAUAUAAGGAAGCUAAGGAGUCCUUUCAGCAGUUUCUUGAAAACCAUGAAAAAAUGACUUCUACAACUAGAUAUAAAAAAGCUGAACAAAUGUUUGGAGAGAUGGAAGUAUGGAAUGCAAUAUCUGGGCAAGAUCGUCUUGAAAUUUAUGAAGAUGUCUUAUUCUUUCUUUCAAAAAAAGAAAAGGAACAAGCAAAGCAGUUGCGAAAGAGAAAUUGGGAGGCCUUCAAAAAUAUACUUGACAACAUGGCUAAUGUUACCUACUCCACUACUUGGUCCGAAGCCCAGCAAUAUCUGCUGGAUAACCCUACCUUUGCAGCAGAUGAGGAGCUACAGAACAUGGACAAAGAAGAUGCACUGAUAUGUUUUGAAGAAUGUAUCCGGGCUUUAGAAAAAGAAGAAGAAGAAAAAAACCAAAAGCGUUUGUUACGAGAAAGGAGGCAACAGCGUAAAAACAGAGAAUCUUUUCAGAUAUUUUUAGAUGAGUUGCAUGAACGUGGACAGCUGCAUUCUAUGUCAUCUUGGAUGGAAUUAUAUCCAACAAUUAGUUCUGAUAUUAGAUUUACCAACAUGCUUGGUCAGCCUGGUUUUUCAUCAGGAUCAACUGCACUUGAUCUUUUCAAGUUUUAUAUUGAGGAUCUAAAAGCACGUUAUCAUGAUGAAAAAAAGAUAAUAAAAGACAUUCUAAAGGAUAAAGGAUUUCUGGUUGAAGCAAAUAGUACCUUUGAAGAUUUUGUAGCAGUAAUCAGUUCAACUAAAAGAUCAAAAACAUUAGAUGCUGGAAACAUCAAAUUGGCUUUUAAUAGUUUGUUAGAAAAGGCAAAAGCCCAUGUACAGGAAAGAGAAAAGGAAGAGGCUCGGAAAAUGAAACGAAAAGAGUAUGCAUUCAAGAGUAUGUUGAAACAGGCUGCUCCUCCGAUAGAAUUGGAUGCAGUCUGGGAAGAUAUUCGAGAAAGAUUUGUAAAGGAAGUGGCAUUUGAAGACAUCACUCUAGAGUCUGAAAGAAAAAGAAUAUUUAAGGAUUUCAUGCAUGUGCUUGAGCAUGAAUGUAAGCAUCAUCAUUCAAAGAACAAGAAACAUUCUAAAAAAUCUAAAAAACAUCACAGGAAACGUUCACAUUCUCGAUCGGGCUCAGAUUCAGAUGAUGAUAAUAGCCAUUCAAAGAAAAAGAGGCAAAGGUCAGAAUCCAGGUCUGCUUCAGAACCUUCUUCUACUGCUGAGUCUGAGAGAAGUUACAAGAAAUCCAAAAAAAAGAAGAAGAAAAGCAAGAAGAGGAGACACAAAUCUGAUUCUCCAGAGUCUGAUGCUGAAUGAGAAAAGGAUAAAAAAGAAAAAGAAAGAGAAAAUGAAAAGGAUAGAACUAGGCAGAGAUUAGAAUCAAAACACAAAUCCCCUAAAAAGAAGACUAGAAAGGAUUCUGGUAAUUGGGAUACUUCUGUCAGUGAACCGAGUAAAGGGGAAUUAGAAAAGCAGAGAAGGACCCUCUUGUAACAACUGGACAAUAAUUUUCAUGGUUGA